AUGGCGGGCACACAACCAGCUAGUGGCGGCGAGCACCGAGACUUCGCUCGCGACACUCUCUUUGAUCUCAAGGGCAAGGUCGCUCUUGUGACAGGCGGUGGCUCAGGUAUUGGUCUCAUGGCCACUCAGGCUCUCGCUGUCAACGGAGCCAAGGUUUACAUCACUGGCCGCACAAAGGAAAAACUCGACCGCGUCGUUGAGACUUAUGGCAAGAACAUUGCUGGCGAGAUCAUUCCCAUCCAGGCUGAUGUCGGUAACAAGGAGGGCAUUCAGAAGCUCUACGACGAGUACAAGUCCAAGGAGGAUUGCUUGUGCAUCCUUGUCAACAACGCCGGUAUCUCGAGCAACUCUUUCCAGGUUGAGGCCGAUUCCGCGCAGGAGAUGAAGGAGAACCUCUUCGACAACAAGGAUGCCACUUUCGAGGACUGGAACCAAACAUACAACACAAAUGUUACUGGGCUGUACUUCACCACCGCCGCCUUCCUGCCUCUUCUCCAGAAGAGCAGUGAGAAGCACCAGGGCUGGAGCUCAACUGUCAUCAACAUUAGCUCCAUUAGUGGCUUGAUCCAGAAAUCUCAACAUCACUUUGCGUACAAUGCCUCAAAGGGUGCCGCCGUCCACCUCACUCGCAUGCUGGCUGCUGAGGUUGUCAGCAACAAGCUCAAGAUUCGGGUCAACGGUAUUGCCCCUGGAGUCUUCCCCUCCGAGAUGACCACCGAUGGCAGCGACGAGACCCAGAAGAGCUUCAUUCCCAAGGAGAAGUACGCUGAAAAGGUUCCCGCUGGACGGGCUGGCAAGGAUCAGGAUAUGGCUGCCACUGUGCUUUUCUUUGCCACAAAUCAGUACCUGGUUGGACAAACACUUGCCGUUGACGGAGGCUACACCAUUGCCGCUGGUCAGUAG